GCACCAUGAGCCAGGACACCGAGGUGGACAUGAAGGAGGUGGAGCUGAACGAGCUGGAGCCCGAGAAGCAGCCGAUGACCGCCGCGUCGGUGGCAGCCGGGCCGGGCGGCGCCGAGAAGAACGGUCUGGUGAAGAUCAAGGUGGCCGACGACGAGGCGGAGACGGGGGCCUCGGCCAAGUUCACGGGCCUGUCCAAGGAGGAGCUGCUGAAGGUGGCGGGCAGCCCCGGCUGGGUGCGCACCCGCUGGGCGCUGCUGCUGCUCUUCUGGCUCGGCUGGCUCGGCAUGCUGGCGGGCGCCGUGGUCAUCAUCGUGCGGGCGCCGCGCUGCCGCGAGCUGCCCGCGCUCAGGUGGUGGCACAAGGGCGCGCUCUACCGCAUCGGCGACCUUCAGGCCUUCCAGGGCCGCGACGCGGGCGACCUAGCCGGCCUGAAGGCGCGCCUGGAUUACCUGACCACCCUGAAGGUGAAGGGCCUGGUGCUGGGCCCGAUCCACAAGAACCCGGAGGAUGACGUCGCAGGGACCAACUUAAAACAGAUCGACCCCUCCUUUGGCUCCAAGGAAGAUUUUGACAAUCUCCUGCAGGCGGCCAAGAAAAAGAGCAUCCGGGUCAUUCUGGACCUCACCCCCAACUACAGGGGCCUGAAUUCCUGGUUCCUUCCUGAAAAGGUUGACACUGUGGCUGCUAAGGUGGAGGAUGCUCUGAAUUUUUGGCUGCAGGAUGGUGUGGAUGGGUUCCAGGUUCGGGACCUGGAGAAUCUGAAGAAUGCGUCCUCAUUCUUGGCUGAGUGGGAGAACAUUACCCAGAGCUUCAGUGAAGAUAGGCUCUUGAUUGCAGGGACGAACUCCUCCGACCUUCAGCAGAUCCUCAGCCUACUUGAUUCCACCAAGGACCUGCUGUUAACUAGCUCUUACCUGGCAAACUCGGGCUUCACUGGGGAGCAUACCAAAUUCCUGGUCACCCAGUACUUGAAUGCCACUGACAAUCACUGGUGCAGUUGGAGUUUGUCGCAGGCAGGACUCCUGGCGUCCUUCGUGCCAGCUCACCUUCUCCGACUCUACCAGCUGCUGCUCUUCACCCUGCCAGGGACCCCUGUUUUCAGCUAUGGGGACGAGAUUGGCCUGCAGGCAGCUGCCCUUCCUGGACAGCCCGCGAAGGCCCCAGUCAUGCUGUGGGAUGAGUCUAGCUUUCCCAACACCUUCAGGCCGGGUUCUGGGUCAGUAAGCGCCAACAUGACUGUGAAGGGCCAGAGUGAAGACCCUGGCUCCCUCCUCUCCGUGUUCCGGUGGCUGAGUGACCAGCGGGAUAAGGAGCGCUCGCUGCUGCAUGGGGACUUCCAUGAACUCUCCUCGGGGCCUGGUGUCUUUGCCUAUGUCCGCCACUGGGACCAGAACGAGCGUUUCCUGGUGGUGCUCAACUUCGGGGACCUGAACCAUCCUGUCAAGUUGGAGGCCACCAGCCUGCCUGCUAGUGCCCGCCUGCCAGCGAAGGCCGACUUGCUGCUCAGCACCAGGCCAGGCCGCAAGGAGGGCACGUCCCUCGAGCUGCAGCACCUGAACCUGGAGCCCCAUGAGGGGCUGCUGCUGCGCUUCCCCUACAUGGCUUGACCCCUGGGCUGACCAGGACCCACCCCCUGCCCCUCUCUUCCCUGGGUUCUGGUUUUUCUUCUUUUUUUUUUUAUUUUAGCUGUCACAGAUGAUA